CACUGCGUGUUUGUACUGCCUUACACGAAACCUGCAGGUUGUGACUGCAAGAGGGCAUCUCACAUCAACAGGAAAUUUGAUAUUUUACACACUUAUGUGUUCUCGUCAUCAGUUGCUCGACCCCAUCACCUAUCCCCACAUCCAUAAAAUGCUUCCUGCUCUGAAACUGAUCAAGUUAUCUCGCUCUGCCAGUUUUUGCAUCCUAGCCAGUUUUUGCAUUCUUGGUGGAACCUAUCAGUCGGUCAGGCAUGGCGGUGGUGAAAGUUGAUCAAGCCCUGGCCAUUGCAGUGGCUCUGGUGUUGGCAGUUACGAACUUCGCCAGAGACGGUGGAGCGGUAGAAGGGCGAACGCUGGUGGAAGCGUAUGAGAAGUGGGCGAAGCCUUCUGAACCCGACAUGGAAUUCUACCACUGUGACAAGCAUCCUCACAAGUCUUCUCUUGGUGGUGAUAAGCCUCCACACAAACCUCCUCACGAUGAAGAAAAGCCUCCUCACGAUGGCGAAAAACCUCCUCACAAGCCUCCUCACGAUGACGAAAAGCCUCCUCACAAGCCUCCUCACGAUGACGAAAAGCCUCCUCAUAAGCCUCCUCACGAUGACGAAAAGCCACCUCACAAGCCUCCUCAUGACGAUGACAACAAGAGACCGUGUCCUCCAUGAACCUUGGUGAAGGCAGGAUCCUGAAGCUGCAGUGAGAUCGAUUCAGGAUCACCUUGAGAAGCAGUUCUGUUCAAUCUGAGACCAACUUCUGUCGGAAGAAUGCGGGUAUUGCUGCUGCAACUGCUUCUCUGAGAACUGGGUUUGUUCGGAGCGUUUUUUGUUAAAGAAGGCGAGGUUGAUAUCCAGGUUCACACAAGCAUUACUAUAUUGCUGCACAUGUCCAUCCUUUUCAUGCUCCAGCAAGUAAAUAAGCCUGCAUGCACCUCCACUGUAUAUAGGGGCACAGGAAUUCAUUUUCCUCGUA